AUGUCGUCCGUCUCCAGAUUACGUGCCCUCCGUGCCGCCACCCUCACACGGAGGAGCCAACGAUAUCACUCCACAUCAUCAACAUCAACAACCGAWUCCCCGGAACCUCUAAAGUCCAUUCUGAUAGCAAACYGAGGAGAGAUUGCUCUCCGAGUGGGACGGACAGCAUCACAGUACGGCAUUCGCACCACCACCCUGUACACGGAUCCGGAUCGACACAGUCAGCAUGCUCUGAGCUCUCCGUUCGCCGUCAAUCUGGGAAGCACCGACCAGUAUCUCAAUGGUCAGAGAAUCAUUGAAGUCGCCAAAGAGAAUGGCUGUCAAGCCAUCCACCCGGGUUAUGGCUUCCUCAGUGAGAAUGCAGACUUUGCGAAAGCCUGUACGGAUGCCGGCGUCAAAUUCAUCGGCCCGCCGCACAAGGCGAUUGAGGCCAUGGGCGACAAAAGCCGUAGCAAGGAAAUCAUGAUUGACGCUGGUGUUCCCUGCAUUCCCGGCUAUCAUGGCAAGAAUCAAGAUCCCAAGUUUCUGGAAGCCGAGGCGGAGAAGAUGGGCUACCCUGUCUUGCUGAAAGCUGUGAAGGGUGGAGGCGGAAAGGGAAUGCGAAUCGUGAUGCAGUCCGAAGAGUUUCACCAGCAACUAGAUUCCGCCAAAUCCGAAGCGAGGAGCUCAUUCGGCGAUGAUGUGAUGUUGGUCGAGAAGUACAUCACUACCCCUCGACACAUCGAGGUGCAAGUCUUUGCCGACCAACAUGGGAACUGCGUUGCAUUGGGCGAACGCGAUUGCAGUAUCCAACGUCGCCACCAGAAAGUGUUGGAAGAAUCUCCAGCGCCAAAUCUUGCCGAAGACAUUCGUCAAGAUCUUUGGGAAAAGGCGCGGCAAGCAGCUCUCGCAGUGGGUUAUGAAGGUGCAGGAACUGUGGAAUUCAUCUUCGAUAACGACUCGGGCGAGUUCUUUUUCAUGGAGAUGAACACCCGUUUGCAGGUCGAGCACCCCGUUACUGAGAUGGUCACCGGGGAGGAUCUCGUUCGAUGGCAAAUCAUCGUCGCUGAAGGCGGCAAACUUCCCCUGACACAAGCCCAAGUUGAGGAGCAAAUCAAACUUCGAGGUCACGCGAUCGAAGCCAGAAUCUACGCAGAGGACCCUUCGAUGAACUUCAUCCCAUCCACUGGCAAACUCCUCCACCUGCGCACUCCUCCAGAAUCGGAUAGCGUUCGCAUCGACGCGGGCUUCGUUCAGGGAGAUGAGGUUUCCAGCCAUUAUGAUCCCAUGAUCGCAAAGCUCAUCGUGAGUGGUCCAGAUCGGAAGUCUGCCCUUCAGAAGAUGGUGAAAGCCUUGGAAGAGUAUGAAAUCGCAGGCCCCAUUACCAACAUAGCAUUCGUGAAGAAAGUUUGUCAGUCUCCUGACUUUAUCGCCGGAGACGUCGAGACGGGUUACAUUCCCAAACACCACGACGAAUUGUUCACGGAAGAGCCUAUUGCACCUGAAGUUUGGUCUCAAGCAGCGAUUGGACUUUAUGAAUCCGAACUCUCGAAGCACGCAAAGACCUUCCCGCUGCAAACUAUUGGUUUCGGCAACGCGCCUCAACCAAGAGAAUUCUCUCUCGUGGAGACAUCCUCAGAUCCGCAAAAGACGAACACACCUGUCUCGGUGCAAGUUCUGAAGACGUCGGCGGAGACAUAUAACGUGACUGUGAACGGCAGCACUACCUACACCACAACCUCCCACUACUCACCCAACGAAUCCUCUCUGACAUCGUUCUACCCCCACACGCGUCUUCUCACAACCAUCAUCCCGGACCCGGAAACCUCAUCCCUCACUCUCUUCCAACAAGGCCGCCAAUAUCGUCUCCAGCUCGCUCUCCCCAAAUGGGCCGAGAAAGCGUUGGGCUUGAAAGACGUGGCGAAUAGCGUCAAAGCACCGAUGCCGUGUAAGGUGUUGCGUGUAGAGGUCRAAGCUGGAGAUGAGGUGAAGAAGAAUCAGGCGCUUGUGAUUAUUGAGAGUAUGAAGAUGGAGACUGUGAUCAGGAGUCCACAGGAUGGGAAGGUCGCGAGGGUAGUUCACCAAGCGGGAGAUUUGUGCAAGGCUGGGACUGCGCUGGUGGAGUUUGAGGGGGAGGAUGAGUGA